AGCCUCACUUCCUCCCUCUGCGCCAUUUUGUGGCGGCGAGACCCGCAAAUAAAGGGGAGCGCGGGGGGCUUCGGGAGCGCGAUCGGGCGGCGAUCCGGCAGCGCGGCCUCGGCCUAUGUGACUGGGCGGCGCCGGCGCGGCCUCCGGCUGGAGAGGAUUCAAGAUGACCAACGAGGAACCUCUUCCCAAAAAGGUUCGACUGAGUGAGACAGACUUCAAAGUUAUGGCACGAGAUGAGUUAAUUUUAAGAUGGAAACAGUAUGAAGCAUAUGUGCAAGCUUUGGAGGGCAAGUACACAGAUCUGAACUCUAAUGAUGUAACUGGCUUAAGGGAGUCGGAAGAAAAACUAAAGCAACAACAACAAGAGUCUGCACGAAGGGAAAACAUCCUUGUAAUGCGACUAGCAACCAAGGAGCAAGAGAUGCAAGAGUGUACUACUCAAAUCCAGUACCUCAAGCAAGUCCAGCAGCCCAGUGUCGCCCAACUGAGAUCAACAAUGGUGGACCCCGCGAUCAACUUGUUUUUCCUAAAAAUGAAAGGUGAACUGGAACAGACUAAAGACAAACUGGAACAAGCCCAAAAUGAACUGAGUGCCUGGAAGUUUACGCCUGAUAGCCAAACAGGCAAAAAGUUAAUGGCGAAGUGCCGAAUGCUUAUCCAGGAGAAUCAAGAGCUUGGAAGGCAGCUGUCCCAGGGACGUAUUGCACAACUUGAAGCAGAGUUGGCUUUACAGAAGAAAUAUAGUGAGGAGCUUAAAAGCAGUCAGGAUGAACUGAAUGACUUCAUCAUUCAACUUGACGAAGAAGUAGAGGGUAUGCAGAGUACCAUUCUAGUUCUUCAGCAACAACUGAAGGAGACACGCCAGCAGUUGGCUCAGUACCAACAGCAGCAGGCUCAGGCCCCAGCCCCAAGUACCAGCAGGACUACAUCUUCUGAGCCUGUAGGACAGGCGGAGGCCCCAGGUAAAGACUGCAGUCGGCUGGCCAACGGACCAAGCAACGGCAGUUCCUCCCGGCCGCGGACGUCUGGGUCUGGAUGUCAUAGGGAGGGGGACACCACUGAAGAUGGCUUUCCUCCUUCUCCGGGGAAUGGUAAUAAGGCCUCCAACAGCUCAGAGGAGAGAACUGGCAAAGGAGGUAGUAGUUACGUAAACCAACUCAGUGCGGGGUAUGAAAGUGUAGACUCCCCCACGGGCAGUGAAAACUCUCUCACACACCACUUAAAUGACACAGACUCCAAUCAUGACCCUCAAGAGGAGAAAACAGUGAGUGGGAAAGGUAACCGAACUGCGGGUUCCCGCCACAUUCAGAAUGGCUUGGACUCAAGUGUAAAUGUACAGGGCUCAGUUUUGUAAUAUUUUUCCAGCAAAUUUUUAUACAGUGUCAUUUAAUUUGGGAGAGGAUGCUAUCAGAAAAUUAAUGCAUACUUUUGUCACAAUUUGCCUUUUUUGGUGGGUGUGUUUUUUUUUCCUUUGCUUCAAUACCUCUGCCACUUUGGAAAUUGUAACAGUUAAUUACUUUGUUGCUAAAAGGACAUUUUGUGUAAGGUCAGGUUAUUUUUAUAUGAGUUUAAUGUGAAAUUGUAAAUGGAACUCUUUCCUUAAAGUAUAACACAAUGAUGUCUGUAUAAAUCUGUGUCUCUCUAGAACCUGUGCUGUGUAGGGCAUUCUUACUCAUGCUGUUACUAUGCUUAUACACCAUUCAGACUUGUUAGAGUAGAUGUGGGUUUAUGACUGCCAAGUUUGCCCAGUACAGUAGUUUUAUCACUAAAAGUUGGACUUGUUGAUGGAGUCCUAUGGUAGUUUCAGUGUUAGAUACAGUUUUUUUCCACCAUACAUCUGCAUUUUCUCUUUAGGUGACUGAAUGUUUAAGAAAUUUGUGUGCAUAGUUACUCAGUUUUUAUGAACUGUUGUACCCUGUUCAUGCAUAUUGCUCUGUGACUCCAGUAUAUCUUCCCUGUACUGACCAAACCUAAAUAAAGACUUUUAUUGUAA